AUGUAUAACUUGCUUCAAAUCAAACUAAUGGUGCUAGAUGGUGGUGGUGUUCGGGGCAUCUCGGCCAUACUUCAACUCGGCCUCAUCAUGAAAACCGUCAAUCGGAAAUUGAAAAGACCCAGAGGCCAACACUUGCUUCCCUGGCAGGUUUUCAGCCUCAUUGGGGGGACCAGUACUGGCGGAAUUCUCGCUGUAAUGCUCGGUCGCUUGAAAAUGAGUACAGAUGAAUGCCUCGACGAGUAUUGCAAGCUUUCCAAAAUAGUGUUCCAGCCGAAGAGGGCGCGUGCAGACAUACCCCGUCGAGCUGCGGACAGGUUGACUGCAGAUGAAAGGUUUGACGCCGACGUACUUGAGCAACAGAUCCGCGCAGUCAUCGAAAAGAAGAUAGGAGAUGCCGACAUACCUCUGAUGGACGACGAGGGGGAGAUUUCCCCUUGCAGAGUUUUCGUCUGUAGCAAAAUGUCAAGCGUCGGACACGUGUCUCUUCUAAGGUCAUACGAAAAUGAGAACCAGCCGGAUAGUAUUUCCGACAGGUGCAAGUUGUGGGAGGCCUGCCGAGCCACCUCUGCAGCUUCAACUUUUUUCUCACCUUGUAAGAUUGCCGGCAGGGUGUUCAUUGAUGGUGCUUUGGGUAUGAACAAUCCUGUGGAGGCGGUUUGGCAGGAAGCCAAAGACCUCUGGGGCGACGGAAAUACCGUUAUUAUUAGCCUCGGGACUGGCGAAAAACCUUCCACGACAACGCAUGAGGGCCUCACGGGUAUUGUCAAGACCCUGGAAGAAAUAGCCACAGAGACACAAAACACGGCCAACCGAUUUAUUCAGCGCAACAACGACCUUGUCGAGCGCGACUUCUAUUAUCGCUUCAACGUCCCAGGUCUUGGUCGAGUUGGUCUACAUGAGUAUCAACGCGUGGAGUUGUUGGAGGAACAGACAGAUGGGUACCUGAACAGGCAUGAGAUCAGUCAGAGGCUGUUGAGGUGCGCAGAGAAGCUGCGUGAGGUAUGCCAGAGUCCUCUAUUCGGUACGAGCCCCCCCGUCUUCAGCUUGCCAAUGCGCAUGGCAAUCGAAUACAACUACGAACCGAGUACACGCCGCCGAAUAACCUUGAACGAAUGUAUUCACGGCUGGGGAGGUUAG